AUGGCUGAGGAUGGAGGUCUGGACCUGAUUAAACUUACCACAGACAAGCUCAGUACUGAUACUGUAUCAGCUUCAGUGACCUGUUCCUCCUGUGGAGCCAUCUCAUUAUUUAUAGGUACUACCAGAGAUCAUUUCGAUGGGAAGAAGGUGGUUCGGCUGGAAUACGAAGCCUACGUGCCCAUGGCAGAGUCAGAGCUGAAGAAAAUAUGUGCUGAUGUUAGAGUCAGAUGGCCGGCUGUGCGACACAUCUGCAUCCAUCACAGGCUGGAUGUGGUACCGAUUACAGAAGCCAGUGUGAUUGUUGGAAUUUCAUCCCCUCACCGGAGUGAUUCUCUGGAGGCCGUGAGAUACUGCAUAGACACUCUCAAAUCCACCGUUCCUAUCUGGAAAAAGGAAGUCUAUGAAUCAGAGGAGUCAUGCUGGAAAGAGAACAAGGAGUGUCUGUGGACAGGAAGUCGGGCUGAGUCGGGCAAAACCAGUUGACCUUUGGCCAUUUGACCGUUUUAGAGGGAGCUUGAAUGCUUUUUAUAUCAAGAGUGUAUCAGAUGCUGGUGUUAUAAAGGGGUGUACUUACUAGAAGUUACAGUGUGUGAGGAAAUAGAACUCAGUGUGGGACGGCAUGAAUAGAUCUUACAUCAGAAAUAGAGCUGGAAUAAAUACAUUAUAUACACUGAUCAGCCAUAACAUUAAAACCACCUCCUUGUUUCUACACUCAC